AUGAUGUCGGAAUACGACACCUCUCCCGAUUUUUUGCAGGAGGGCGACGCUAGCCACACUCGCGUCAAUGCUUGGCUGAGAGGUAUCGCUCUUGCCGAGAACGAGGCGUCAGAUACCGCUUCAAGUCCUAAUACGGCUCCAGCCGCUGCAUUGAGCUUGGAGGAUCGCUGCUCUCGCGCCAAGCGCCGCCUCCGCGGGCGGUCUUUCCCUAACUAUCCUGGUUCGGUCAACGACCCUUCUGAUUUAUCUACGCGCUAUCUGUCAAGCAACCGGGCAUCUGAAGUGUUUCCGCCACCCGUCCACUUUCAUACAUCCCCACCCGUAGCGCGUGGGCCGCCAAAACCAACAUCGACCACAUUCAGCCCUCCGUCGAUUUACAGCCUUGACAGCGACGGCCAUGAAAAUUUCCUCCCGUACAUCGAAAUCGACUGGGACUCGGAGCCUGCCCAAGCGUGGCCGUCGAACGUGGACGAGGACGAGGCGGGGCGACGAGAAAGGAAGGCCAGCGUGACGUCCACGUCGCCAGUGCCAUCCUACUACUUCGAAAACAUGCCCGAAUCACUGUGCGUCGUGCACGACCCUUCGACACCAACCAGUACGGCGUCCUUCUACGUGCAGAAAUGUGCGUACUAUGUCCCCACCGAAACAUCAGCUUUCAAAGAGGGUUAUCCUCUCCCCGAUUCCUCCUGCCCAAGUCCAUUCGCUAUGACGUUUUCGUUCGUUCCUGCUCUGCCAUCUAUCACGCCCACUACAACCUCUUCGAGUCUUCGACUCCAACACCAGUCUGCGGGCAGAGAGGGGGCCACAGGCGGUCCUAGCCCACCGACUCAUCAAAGGACCGACUCAUCGACCUCCAGCUCAGCGGUUUCACUCUCCACGACUAUAAAUGUGACUGAGAGCCUCGCAAAGACUUACAUCGCCGGGUGCGAGUCCCCGAAAAGUUGCGAAGAGAACCCAACAUGGGACAGCAAUCAACUUGGAGAACAGGAUUUAGCGCUCGUGAUCUUCCCCGGUUAA